CCAAUGUGGCGUUUUUUUUAGUGUUCUGUUCCCUCUGCCCACUUUCUUCCCGGCGACGAUGUUUGCGGCGAGAGUAAGAGCUUCUCUUAAACCUUUGCUCCACGGAAGACACAGCUCCUCUCUAAACCGAAACCGUGAAAUUGUAGCGAUUUCGAGGCGUGUUGUACUCGAUAGGUUCAACGGUGGAGAUUGGACUCUGUCUAGCUUGCGUUCAAAUGGAAACGGAGAAAGAAUCAAACUUUUUCACCGGGGAGUUCACUGUAGUUCCACACAGUGCUAUUCCUCGGAAUCUGAUGGUAGGAGUGAAAGCUCACACAAAUAUGGAUGAUCUUUUCUCAGAGCUGGGUUCUGUGAAGAAAGACCGGAACCGGGAAGCGGUCGUGGAGCUGUUAACUAAGAAGCCAGAGACGUUCCAGGUUGAGAAACCAGAGCUUUCUCAGAAAACCAAAGGCAAGAAGAAGAAGAAGAAGCAUGAACAAGCUUCUGAUUCAGUUUCUAAGCCGAAGUUGAUGACAGAAAAGACUGAAGCUUCUGAAUCAGUUUCCAAGCCGAAGUUGUUGACCGAAAAGCCUGAAGCUUCUUGGAAGACUAAUGGCAAGAGCAAAAUGGAAGCACAUGCCUCUUCCCCAGCAAGAAAUGUUAUGGACUCCUUCUCCAAGCCAACCGAGUCAUCCUCUCCAAUUCCAGAUCACGAAUCCAAGGCCCAGGAGGAAAAGGAAACUAGCUCAACUGGCUCUUCUAUCUCCGAUACACCCCCAAACCAUCUAUCUUCGGUUCUGGUUAUAAGGAUUGGUAAUCUAAACUCGGAAACAACUGAUUCAGAGAUACACUCGAGGUGCUUGUCCAUUGGCUCUUUCGAAGGACUUGUUAGAGUUAGAGAGGACAGUGUUGAGGUUUUGUUUCGAGCUAGAAGCAUGAACGAAGCAAAUUCUAUACUGAAAAAGCUAAACGAAGCAACCGUAGAUCACUCUCAAUGGACGGCUGAGGUUGUACCAGAAGCCAAUGAAGCUUCUAAAGAGCAAAUGGGUAGGCGGAUCAGUAGUUCUUUCGAAGAUAUGAAGACGCAACUAAUGAUGCGACAGAUUCUUGUGAGAGACUUGGAAAUGUUGGUGCACUCGGUAGUACAUCUGGAGAAUCAUCCAAUGGAUCAAGAAGGAAACUAAAGCUUUGCAAUGUUCUCAAGAAGCCUAAUGGCGCUUUUGCGUAUUUGUCGAGUCUACACUUCAAAAUCAUCAAUUGAAUUGGGGUUAGUGUGAUAAAUUUUUAAAGUUAGGGACAGUAACGAAACUAUCACAAAUUACAGGAUGAGAUGAAGUUUUUGAACCCCGUUAAUGGUCUUUUUAUGGGUUUAUGAUCUGCGCAAAGUUGCUUUGGGCCUAAUUUUGUUAGACUCGUUGAUAAAUGUUAAGCCCAUUGAAACU